CUGACAGUGAGAUCCAUAGUAGAGCUGAGGUGUGUACUUCAUCAUUAGGAUCCUGUCUGAUUGUAGAGCAACCUAACAAUGCAAGGCUCCACUUUAAGUACAGCUUAAUUUUGAAUAUUUUUUGAAAAAUUAUUUUCCAACUUUGCACCAACUCUGCUUCAAGGAUGCUUCAAUUUACUGUUAGUUUGCACCAAAUAUUUUCUACGUUGUUUGUGGUCUGCAGCGCUGUGGUGAUGGCAGAUGAUGAAUGCCCGUCUGUGUGCGACUGUGCUGCCUCAUCCCCAAUCUGCCCAGCGGGUGUCAGCUGGGUGACAGACCACUGUGGCUGUUGUAAAAUGUGUGCUAGGCAAUUCAAUGAAGACUGCAGCACUACUCAGCCCUGUGAUCACAUCAAGGGGCUACGCUGUCAUCUAGGAGUUGGAGGAGACCCUGAAAGAGGAUUGUGCCGAGCUGAGGUUCAUGGGCUACCCUGCGAGUUCAACGGACAGUUGUACCAGCACAGUGAAAACUUCCAGCCCAGCUGCAUGCACCAGUGCACCUGUAUUGAUGGAGUUGUGGGCUGCAUGCCCCUCUGUCCUCAACAAGUAUCGCUGCCCAACUCGCGCUGCUCACAGCCACGGUUGGCACAGACAGAAAACGGCUGUUGCGAGGAGUGGUUAUGUGACGACGACAACCACAUCAGAGUGGAGCCAGAAGAACUGACACGCACAACUCUGUCAGAGAGUCAGCCUCUUCCAAACCACAUCAGUGCUUUGCUGCCAUCCUACCAACAGUCUCGCCCGCCAGCUGCCACUGGUGGGACCACAUUAAGAGAAAAAACAGCACUACCAAUGCCUGAAUUGAUAUUGGAAUCCAGGUGUUUUUCACAAACCACUGAUUGGACAGAAUGCUCCACUUCAUGCGGGAUGGGAAUAUCAAGUCGAGUCACCAAUAACAACCCUGACUGUCAGCUGAUUAGAGAAACCAGGCUUUGCCAAAUACGACAGUGUAACUUUGCGCUUUCUCCGGCCAUGAAGGGGAAGAAGUGCCAGAAAACUGUUCGCUCGCAAGAACCAAUACAAAUUGCUUUUGCUGGCUGCUUCACAGUACAGCGCUAUCGCCCUCGCACCUGUGGAUCUUGCAUGGAUGGCCGCUGCUGUAGGCCCUCUGUCACCCGCACUGUGCAGCUGCGUUUCCGUUGCCCAGACGGUGAGAGCUUCUUCCGAAAUAUGAUGUGGGUCCAACGCUGCAGCUGCAGUAAAAGCUGCCCAUCACAUGGAAGUCCCUCAAGCCCUUCGAUCAGUCUUCACAAUGACAUUCACACCUUCAGGCGCUGAGGCUAACUUGCCCGCUCUGGCCCAUCGUACUUUGCACAAACCCUUUUUAGCCAAACGAUUACCAACUUCUGGCAAUAUACUUGCUUGCACUUUAAGAUGCCUGCCACAAUGAUAUACAGUGGGGCAAAUAAGUAUUUAGUCAACCACCAAUAGUGCAAGUU